GUCCGGGGAGAGCGGAUAUGGUGAAUGCAGGGUCCGGGGAGAGCGGAUAUGGUGAAUGCAGGGUCCGGGGAGAGCGGAUAUGGUGAAUGCAGGGUCCGGGGAGAGCGGGAUAUGGUGAAUGCAGGGUCCGGGGAGAGCGGAUAUGGUGAAUGCGUGAUACGGGAGAGCGGAUAUGGUGAAUGCGGGGUCCGGGGAGAGCGGAUAUAGUGAAUGGGGGGUCCGGGGAGAGCGGAUAUAGGGAAUGGGGGGUCCGGGGAGAGCGGAUAUAGGGAAUGGGGGGUCCGGGAGAGCGGAUAUAGGGAAUGGGGGGUCCGGGGAGAGCGAUAUAGGGAAUGCGGGGUCCGUGCUGAGAGUGUAAUAAAUGAGUACCGCUAUGAAGAACC